AUGGAAAAUUUUGGUGACAAUUUCACUGAUGUCGACCCAGCAGCAGAUUUUUUAGCAAGAGAACAAAAUGAUUUAGCUGGAUUGGAAGAUGAUUUAAAUCCAGCCACAUUCAAUCCAAAUACAAAUGAUGGCUUUGCACAAUCUAAUGAUGUUUCUUCUGACAUAACUGAAACAAAUAAUACCGAGGAUGGGGCUGAACAAACUAAUAUUUCCAAAACUAGCGAGCAAGAAUUAGCUUCUUGGGAAACAACCAAUAUUACACCUACUCCUAAACCUGUACGUGAAGAACCGGAAAAAAUAAAAAAAUGGAGAGAAGAGCAAAAAAGACGUUUAGAAGAGAAAGAUGCCAACGAAGAAAAGAAAAAAGAAGAAUGGCGGUUGGCUGCUAAAAAAGAAUUAGAAGAAUGGUAUCGUCAUCAUGAAGAUUUAAUUACAAAAACAAAAGCGGCAAACAGGAAUGCUGAAAAAGAAUUUGUUGCCGAUAUUGAUGCAAUACAACCAGGCACUGAAUGGGAGAGAAUAUCUAAAUUGUGCGAUUUUAAUCCUAAAUCAAGCAAAAGUAGCAAAGAUGUUUCUAGAAUGCGUUCAAUCAUUCUUCAAUUGAAACAAAAUCCUAAAAAGUAA